GGCCAAUGUGUUAAAUACUCGAUCACACAGGAAAAAAUGAAUGCAAGCCAAUUGAUGAUCCCACCUUGAAAGAGCCAAACAUGAAGCUAACCAAUCACGUCUUCCACUGAAUAAUUUGAUAUUGCUCAAAGAUUUCUAGGAUAAAACGCACAGUACUUACAGUGGAAUUAUUAUGGAUAGAAACUUCAUACAAUUACACAAUACAACAUUCAAAUAAUUCAUAAAAUGUAGCCAAAAGAUAGUACUAUCUACACGCUACUGAAUCCUUGAGUUUAAUUUGCUUUCUUUAAUUGUUUUUCAUCUUCGCUAAAUAUUGAAUGAAAUCUUGUUGUUUUUAUGUUGACGUAACACUUCUAUGUAAAUGGUCAGUUGGCCAGAUUAGAUUGAACUGAAUUCAUUGGAGGUUGUUAUUCCGUUGUGACGUGGACAUAGUGCAAGCCAUUACAGCUAUCAAGGUGUAAGAGAGAGACUACAGAAUGAGAACCUUCCUCAGGCCGUCACUCAAACUUUUGAAUCGUAACUGUUUGAAACGCAACUGUGUAGUACAUUAGUUGAUCACUGUGUUGUAACCCAACAAGCUGAAGAAGUACAUGUAGGUCUGUGUGCUUGAGUCAUUGAACUUAGAGACAGUGAUUAGAGUUGGACUUGCUGAUGGGAAGUGUUACUUGGUAACGGUUUGGUCACGUGCCCUUUCGUUGUUAGGGCUUUGCUUAUAGGGAGUGCUCGCGCGCGACUCGCGCGUCCAAUCAAGGCGCGCGAAGUGUCCUUGACGUCACCACGCAGUCAAAAGGGGGGAGAGAUUUUACCUAUAUAUAAGAAAAAGAAAAUGCCGCCACCAGGCAAAAGUUCGGGAAACUUGACCGGUUCAAAAGCGUACGGGACUGGAGCGAGCACUGGAGCAACUGGUGGGGAUAGCCAGAACACAUCGUAUGGAAACAGGGGCGUCGCUGGCGUCAGGGUAACCGGCGCCGUCAGCGGCGGGGUGGUGAAUGCGGACAGCUACUACCACGAUCACCAUUUCUACCAGCACCACCAGGGUGAAGCCGCCCCCGUAGCGCAGGCCCCCAAAGGACCGUUACCUUCUACGACGUCAACGGCGAGCAGUGGUAGCCCCCAAGCCCAGUACAGCCCGAGGUCGAACAAGAUGGGCAACGGGGCCAGCUCCAACGCCCAUUUCACCGUGGACGGGGAGUCCAUGGAUGUGCAUAAGGUGAAGGCGCUGGUCCCCGAGCUCCGCCACGAGAUCAAGCGUCGGGACAAGAUCAUCGAGCAAUAUGACAACCAGCUGCGUCAGAAAGAGGACCUCCUGAAGGAGAAAGAGAACGAGAUCGCCAGGCUGAAAGAGGAGGUCCACAAACUCAAGUCUGUGCUGCAGCUGAAGGUGGACACGCUCAAGUCCCAGGAGAGUAAGCCGGACCUACUGUCCACCAUCGACGAAAAUCAGAUCGAGCCCUCGAAAGGGCCCGCCAAAAAGCAGGGCGUCUCAGGAGAGAGCCCCUCCUCAAAAACUUUAGGAUAUGUUGACCUGACUCAUCACGAUAAGGAUUUCAAAUCCAAGCAGCUGAUCAAGGACGCUCUCCUGAGUAAUGAGUUCAUCAAAGUGCUGGCAGUGUCACAGCUCCGGGAAGUCAUUGAUUGUAUGUACGAGAAGAAAGUCACCAAGAGUUCCUACAUUAUACGGGAAGGGGAGAGAGGGGAACACCUCUACGUCUGCGCAGAUGGCGUCUUGGAGGUUCACAAAGAUGACAAGAGACUUGGUGAGAUCAAGUCCGGGGGUCUGUUUGGUGAGCUGGCCAUUUUAUACAACUGUAAGAGAACAGCAUCUGUGAAAGCAAUGACCAGCACAACUCUCUGGGUUCUUGACCGCAGAGUCUUCCAGACGAUCAUGAUGAAGACCGGACUUCAGAAACGGGAAGAGAAUAUGGCUUUUCUCAAAAGUGUGCCUUUGCUUAAACAAUUGCCUUCGGAAAAACUUGCAAAAAUCGCUGAUGUGUUAGAAUACGAUUUUUUCAACGAAAAUGAAUACAUUAUUAGGGAGGGAGCCACGGGGGAUACAUUUUUUAUUAUCAACAAAGGAGAGGUGAAAGUUACACAGAUGAUAGCUGGUCAGUCAGAACCUAAAGAAGUCAGGCGGCUUAAACGUGGCGACUACUUUGGAGAAAAAGCUUUGCUAAGUGAGGACAGAAGAACCGCCAAUGUGAUAGCACUGCCCCCUGGCGUGGAAUGUCUGACUGUAGAUAGAGAAUCAUUUACAAAGUUGAUUGGAGAUUUGAACGAGUUACGGACCAAAGACUAUGGAGACGAAGCGAGGGGUGCAGAAAGACCUGACAAAUAUAGUGUCACCAGUCAAGUUUUCUUAAGAUUUCGCCACAACAAGGACAGCGGCCAGCCAGGGAAGGCAAGCACUGGGUCUGGGCGAAGUGGCAGUGACUCCACCAUAUCUCCUGUGUCUGACAGACCAGUGUCCAAGGAGUUUGAGAACAUAACACUAGAUGACCUUCAGCUGGUCACCACGCUUGGCAUGGGCGGAUUUGGUCGAGUUGAGCUGGUUCAGUUGAGCAAGGAUAAGAGCAAGACGUUUGCAUUGAAAUGUUUAAAGAAGAAACACAUCGUGGAGACAAGGCAACAAGAACAUAUCUAUUCAGAGAAAAAAAUUAUGAUGGAGGCUGACUCCCCAUUUAUCACAAAGCUUCAUAAGACGUUCCGAGACAAGAAAUACGUCUAUAUGCUAAUGGAGGUGUGUCUCGGUGGUGAGUUAUGGACAAUUCUCAGAGACAGGGGACACUUUGAUGACAUCACUGCCAGGUUCUGUGUUGCCUGUGUACUGGAAGCGUUCUCCUAUCUUCAUGCCAAAGGAAUCAUCUACCGAGAUCUGAAGCCUGAAAAUUUACUGCUAGAUGCCAGGGGUUAUGUCAAACUGGUGGACUUUGGAUUCGCCAAAAAAAUUGGAGUUGGCAAAAAAACAUGGACGUUCUGUGGGACGCCAGAAUAUGUUGCACCGGAAAUAAUCUUAAACAAAGGUCAUGAUCACUCAGCAGACUACUGGUCUUUGGGAAUAUUAAUGUAUGAGCUGCUCAAUGGAACCCCCCCGUUUUCAGGGUCGGAUCCAAUGAGAACGUACAACAUCAUUCUGAAAGGCGUUGACCACAUAGAAUUCCCAAAGAAAAUCAGUCGAAGUGCGCAUGUCCUGAUCAAGAAACUCUGCCGAGAUAACCCGAUGGAAAGACUAGGCUACGGCAAGAAUGGCAUCAGUGACAUCAGGAAAAACAAAUGGUUCCAAGGUUUUGACUGGGAAGGUCUAAUGAAUUUAACAAUGACUCCGCCUAUAAUUCCAAAGAUAAGGCACCCUACAGACACAACAAAUUUCGACUCCUACCCACGUGAUAUGGACAUAGCAGCAGAUGAAUUGUCAGGAUGGGAUGCAGACUUCUGAGAAGUUAAACACUUGAACUACAUUUGAUUGCAAUGACUCAGAAGCAGAGAGGAGAAAGAUCUAUAGAUAGUGUCUACCAGCCAACUUGAUAGUGACCUAUUUCGAAAUGGUUGAACUUAACUCCUUGAACCUCUAUUGUUCUAUAACUAUGUAAACAAUGUUUUAUUUGUAAUAAAUAUUUCGAUGAUAUUCCUUAUAAAAUAUUCUUUCAAAGUAUUUAUCAAUCAUUGAAACAAAAUCUUGAGUUGGUGUGCAUGUGUAGCUUAUGUGUAUAUGUGCGUGCUGCUGCUGUUUCUUAAACCCAUUAGCUAAAUUAAUAGAAGUGAAUGAAGUGGGUGUAUUGCUAAGUAUGUGAAGAAUUAUUUUUCUUAAUAUUUUUAUUGUGCAUGAAAAAAAAAAUAAUUGUAAGGGUGUGGUGGCCGAGUGGUAAAGUGCUUGGCUUCUGUACCAGAGGGCUUGAGUUUGAAUCCGGAAGAAGACUGAGAUCUUGAUUCAAGAUUUUUAGUAUGCCUCUGAAAUCACCAAACUCACUCAAAUGGGUACCUAACAUACUUUGGGAAUUUAAGGGGGUUGGUCUUAGUGCUGACAACGUUAACUAUCGACCAUAAAACAGAUGAGUUUUACUUCAUCUGUCCAAUACAUCGCAAGGUCUGAAAAGGGUACGUAGCUUUACUUUAUUAUUAUAAGAAUGGAUUCAUCUGUUGCUUGUAAUACCUGGAUUCAGCUGUUGCUAUGUUGUUAUGAUCCUUCAAGGAAUUCUAUACAUUGCUUUAGACUAUCUUUGAUAAGGAGAUGGUAUUGCUAUCUGAAUAUACUUUAUUAUUUGAUCUUUGGGUGUCCAAUUAAAUAUUGAUUGUCCAUAUGUAAAUAAAGGUUUACCAUAAUAUAUACAUAAAAAAUAACCUGCUAAUUUAGUUAAUGUCCUCUAAUUUCAUUGUGUAUGAAUUGUGCAUAAUUCCUACAAUUUGUUGAAAAUUGAAGUGACAAACUCUAAUUAGCCUAUUUUUUGGUUUCCAAGAUUUAGUAUGCAAUAGAAAGUACACUUCACAGAUUGUACAGAAAUCCAGUUGAAAGAUUUUGAUCCAUUUGAUUACAGGCACUAAUCUAGUGAUUGCCUCUGCCCACCCUUAAGUCGAAAGGAUCAUUUUUUUCUUAAAAACUUAACACAGCACUUGGCUUCUGGAAGCCAUGUACAAAAGAAAAAAAAUGUUUGCACCAAUGUAACUAUGGCAUCCAUUGGUCAGAACAUGGCAGCCUUAUGCUGAUUUUAACAAAACCUUGACUAUUUGCCUGAGUUGGCAACUUUGUUUUACCAGCUUUCUUUCUGUUUCACUUUCAUUUGGUUGCACUGAGCAGUCCCCAUGUCAGGAGCCACUCCUGCUUGAGAAGGGUAAUUACGUCUAGAGGAUUUCAGCCCUUGGUUGGUGUUCCUUGUCAUGCAACUUCUAUUUACAUUGAUCUGAACAUGAACUCAGGUCUGGCUACUAAUUGAUAACCCAAUAGUUAACUGUGAUACAUGACUCUGUUUUAACUUAUGCCCAUGUAUAUAUCAGAGAUUUCAUCUUUGGUUCUUGAUUUGUUAUUGUUCAUUUGUUAUUCUUUAUUACACCAUUGAUGUAAGUGUGUUAUAAUUUUUUAUACUUAACGUAGCAAAAAACAACAACAACCUGUAUAUAGGGUAUGUUUGGAGAUUAUUAUUAGUGUAUUAAUAUGAGGAGUCUGUCUGAACAUUUGUUAUAUAUGAAGAGUGGAUCUAAAGUGAUGAGAUUAAUGCUGAGUCUGGAAGUGUUUGCCCUAGUUAUAAAAAUUUUUAACAACAAAAACAAAAACUCAAGACAUUUCUUUUCAUUAUAGAAAAUUGAUGUGUAUGUGUAUGUUUCAAUUUAUAGGGACCCACGAAAAUUCAUUUUAAUUAAAUUAAGUAACUGAGUUUAAAAUAAUUGAUCAUUUAGUGUGUUUUUUUAAUAACCAUGAAAAGAUUUUUUUUUUCAGUCUCCCAUCUGAUGUAUUUGCAAUUCUUUAAAUAGGCUCACUUUGCUUGUGUGCAGUGUCAUAUUUAAACUUUGAAAAACUUAAACUGAAGUGGAUAAGUUAAAAUGUGAAUAGAGAAAAUUAUUAGAAAUUCAGUAGUCAAACUGAACAAAGUUUACAUUUUAGCUUUCUGUUGAUACAAGCUCUACUAUGGCUACAUUUUAGGCUUACCAUACUUUGGGGGUUCUUGGGUACCUAACUGUAUUUUUUUUAUAUUCUGACCUAGCAUUCGUUUUUCUAGUGUGGUACUCGAUGUAAGUCUUGAGUCACCAUUAAAGAAAUGCUGUGUGAUUGGAAACUGGGUUAUUAAGCUACCAUUAAAACAACAACAGAAUAUUUUUUUAUAUAUACAUUUCGCUUAUUUCAAAGAUUCUAACCAUGGCUGGCCUUAGGCUAAUUUGACUUAUUGCUCCAAAUUGGGUGGCUUGGGCCUUGUAAUUUAUAUUUAGCAUAUCAGUAUCAGUAGUAUCAGUCAUGGCUCGUUAUAGGCUUUUAAAGUAAAUUAAAGAUAUAGGACUUAAAAGGUUAAAAAUAUUUAGUGUAUCGUACAAUUGGCAACUUUAAUUAAGCCACUGCCACCUAUUGCAUUUCAGUUGCUUCCGAUGCAUGCUGUAUAAUAAAUAUUGAUAAAAUGAUCUAAUUAAUAGUAAUUAUUGUAAAAAAAAUUAGAAGAGGGGCCACGCAAGGAUCCAUUUAAUGGGGCCCCACAAUUUGUAAGGCCAGCCUUGAUUUCAACAUUCUUAAACCCAACUGCCUAUUAUGUCCUACAUUUCUUGAGUGGACACAUAGGUUGAUAACUAAUCAAUGGCAUAUCCAGUGGGUAAUGCUAGUUACAAAGAGUUAAAAAUAGUUUGCAUUUUAAAAAUGUUAAAAAUGAUACUUGUCUCCUGGAGACCACAAACUGAUAGUUGAAGUGGAAAACUUUGUACCAAAAAAACUCAUGACUUUGAGCUCAAUUAUUUUGAGGUUUUAAAGUUGACAUCUUUCUUCUAGGACUCUCUUAUAUCUCUCCUUUCCAUUCAACUUAAGAUUCCAGAGUGAGAUUUGACAGACAGAACUUGACACUACAAUGUGUGUGUAUGUGUCAUGUUACUCUAGACUGCACCAACUAUGUCAAGACUACUUUCUCUAUUCAAUUAAAAACAUUGUUUUUGAGUUUUGUCCAGUUCAGCAUUAAAUAUCAAUGACAUGUCC